AGUGCAAUUUUGGAGGGAACGUGACAUGAUGCUGCAUGCGACCGUCGCCCGCGCGCUCGACGCCUUCGCCACGCAGAUGCGGUGCCCGAUCUGCCUCGAGGCGCUCGAACGGCCUUUCUCACUCCCAUGCAACCACUGCUUCUGCGAGGCCUGCAUCAACACGGCGCUAAGCUUUGCGACCACGUGCCCUGUCUGCAAGGCAGCCGUGCGGAAGCGGACGCUGCGUCACGAUGGCUCGGUGCAGCGGAUCCAAGACGCGCUGCAGAAGCUCAUGGCCAUGCGCCCAGUGGUCGAGGCGCCGCCGCCGGCGGCGACCAUGCCCACGAGUAUCUGCAUCGAUCUCUGCAGCGAAGAGUCGGACGAGCAGUCCAACUCGAUCACGCAGGCGACGCAAAUCGACGCACCACCCAUUGUACCUGUCGCCGCGCCCGAGGCGGAGAUGCACGAGAUCCUGCCGCCUGCGACGCCCCCGCGAACACAAGUCUUUGCCGGCGGCCAGGUCGUCGAGGUCAGCGCGCGCACGUGGCCGGGCAUCAACAAGCUCGGUGGCACGGCGUGGAUCGUCCGCCGCAACGACGAUGGUACGUACAACGUCAAGUACGUUUUGGGGGGCCGCGAAGGGCGUGUGGAUCCGGCCUACAUUCGAAGUGCCGGCACGAGCAACGACAACAACAACAACAGCGAUGACGCAAAUCCCUCCCCCGCCACGUCGUCGGCACGAGCGACAUUAUCUCGGAAGCGCCUGUCGCCAGCGAUCGAGAGCCCUCCACCGGUGCCACUGAAAAAGAAAAAGGCCGCCCAGAGUACUAUCCGCGAAGCGCUCGUGUUUCUCUGUUCAGGCCUCAACCACGAUGAGAAGACGCUUGUCGAGUCGUGUGCGCAGCUUUUGGGCGCGACGACCGUGCACGAGUGGACCGAGUCGGUCACGCACGUCAUAGUCAAGUGCCAGCACGCGGCGCCGAUGCGCCAGAAGCUCCAGCUCUCCGAUAAAGUCAAGCGUUGGGUCAAGAUCCGGUCCAUCAAGUACCUCAAAGCCGUCGUGUCGGGUCGCUGGAUCGUCAGCGAUGCAUGGAUUCUAGCGUGCGUCAAAGCUAAAGCACUCGUGAGCGAAGAGUCGUACGAAGUGCAGGGGCUGCUCAAGGUGCAGCACGUGCCCGAGAUUGCCAAGAAGGCGCGCCUCCUCCGCCAAGCCAACCUAGCGACGGCAACCUGCUUGCCGAGUGCCGUCGGUACGCGCCUCUUUGCCUCCCUCGUUUGCGUCGUGUACGGCAAUUUUGCCUCGCCGCUGCCCCCGAAGCAUGAGAUUGGGUCCCUCGUUCGACUCGGCGACGGUACUGUCGUUGCCAGCCUCGACGAGCUCGUGCGCACAGCGGCGCAGACCUCGAGCCGGACGUGCGUCGUGAUAGUGGAGGCCAUGGACGUCGUGCUGCCGCUCCCGACGACGGCGGCGGGCCUCACCAUUUACGCGGUCGGGUACGAGUGGGUCCUCGACUCGGUCAGCGAGUGCGCGCUCAAGCCCCUUGCCCACUUGCUCCAAACCUAG